AUGUCAAAUAUGGCAGGGGAGGUUAUUUACAACUAUAAGAGGUCCAAGGGUCCUUCUGAAUGGAUUCACAUUUCAAAUCUCGGUCGUAAAUGUUAUUUUGGGUCAGAGAAAGAUCUUUUGAAAGAGCUUCAAGCAUUUGGAGAAGUCAAAGAAUUUCAUUUGGGUGAAAAUUCAAAUUCUUUUGUAUUAUUUGCCAAUUUGCCCGCUUCAAUACGAUUUUACGAGCAUUGCAUGCAAAUGCAUGCAGAAUCACCUAUGUUAAUUGGUGGCAGGAAAAUAAAAGUAGACUAUUCAGAGAGGGUGGAAAUAAGGUGUAAGAAAAUUGAGGAGGAAGAUUACGAACAAAAUGAGAAAUUUUUGGAAAAAAAAGGAUUGAUUUUGGUAAAAGAUUUUAUUUCCGAGUCAGAAGCACAAGAAUUAUUGAACUGGAUUGACAAUAAUGGUCAGUGGGAGACUAAAUUAAACCGCAGAGUUCAACACUAUGGUUACUCAUUUGAUUAUAAUAAUAAAAUAAUAAGUUCUGUAUGGGAGAGAGACAUUCCAUGUAUAUUAGGCCGUUUAAUAGAGAGGAUGGUAGGAUUAAAAUUAAUCAUGGAGAUUCCAGACCAAAUUACUAUAAAUGAAUAUGAGGUAGGAAAAGGUAUUGGAAAUCAUAUAGAUUCUCACCAUACAAUAGGAGAAAAUAUAUCUGUUAUAUCUUUAGGAAGUGGGAUUCUGUUUGACUUUAAUGAACUAAAAAUAAAUAAAAGCCUCUCUGGUGAAUUUAAUAAGGCCAGAAAAUAUGAUAGGGUAUGCUUGGGAGCAUGGAAUCAAGUCUAG